AGCCUAUAUAACAGCUGACUUCCAACACAGAAACACAAGUGGCAUCCAAGGAGGAAGCAUGAGGUCUUUCAGUCUGUGCAUCAUCCUGAGCCUGGCGGUGGCAGUUUACUGCGUGCCGGUAUCACAAGUCACUGAUCAAGAUGUACAUGAUGCAGAGAGCUACCUGAAGAACUUCUUCAACCUAACAGAGGAGAAAGGUCCAACUAGCAGACAGGGGAUCAGCCAGGUGAGCAGGAAGCUGAGUGAGAUGCAGAGAUUCUUUGGCCUCCAGAUCACCGGGACGCUGGAUGCCGACACCCUGGCGGUGAUGAAGAAGCCCCGCUGUGGCGUCCCAGACACCAACAUUGCCAGGUUCUCCACGUUUGGAAGAAACCUCAAGUGGCAAAAAAACAGCCUUACCUACAGGAUAGAGAACUACACACCUGACAUGUCUGUGGCAGAGAUAGAUGACUCCAUUGAGAAAGCUCUUCAGGUUUGGGCCAAAGUCACUCCUCUGAGAUUCACAAGAAUCAACAGUGGCACCGCUGACAUCAUGAUCUCCUUUGGCCGCCGAACUCAUGGGGAUUAUUACCCCUUUGAUGGCCCUAGGGGCACUCUUGCCCAUGCCUUCGCCCCAUCCUCUGGCAUUGGAGGAGACGCUCAUUUCGAUGACGAUGAGAAGUUCACUUUCCGCUCCAACAGAGAACAAAUCUUGUUUGGCCACUCCCUGGGCUUGUCUCACUCUAAUGAUCCUGGUGCUCUCAUGUACCCUGUGUACUCAUACAGAAACCCAGACACCUUUGUUCUGCCUCGGGAUGACGUCAACGGCAUCCAGUCUCUCUAUGGUAAAAACUCUGUUAAGGGUCUCUCUGGGGCUAAACUUCAGGCCCCCACCACCCCUGAUGUCUGUGAUUCAACCAUGGUCCUGGAUGCUGUCACCACCCAGCGGGGAGAGAUGCUCUUCUUCAAGGACAGCUUCUUCUGGCGGAGCUCCUCUCAGAGCAAUACACCUCAGCUGAGUCUCAUCACAAGCUUCUGGCCCAAUGCCCCCCCCAACAUCGACGCUGCUUAUGAAAGCCAACAGUCAGACAGAGUCUUUCUCUUUAAAGGUGUUAAAGUGUGGGCUUUCAGCGGCUAUGAUCUUGUGAGUGGCUAUCCCAAAACACUUUCCAGUUUUGGUCUGCCCAAAAGUGUGAAGAAAAUCGACGCAGCCCUCUAUGACGCUGAAUCCGGCAAGACUCUGUUCUUUGUAGGCAGCUCCUACUACAGUUAUGAUGAGGCCAAGAAGACCAUGGACCAGGGAUUCCCCAAGCAAGUGGAUCAGACAUUCUCGGGCCUGACCAGCAAGGUGACUGCUGCUUUCCAAGUCAACGGUUUUACUUACAUCUACAGCGGACCGUACAUGUUUGAGUACAGCCUGAGGACCGGGAGGUUGUACCGUGUGCUGAGGAACAGCUACUUCCUGCGCUGCACUAACGGCUAGAGCAGUUUACUGGCCAAGCUGCUUAUGUAGCCUCUCUGAAUGAGAAUCAAUGUACACCAGCAGUGUUAAAACAUCACUUAAAAA